UCACUGUUUGAAUUGAACCUUUUUUUCAGGAGUUUCCAUACAUUAUUAGCUCAGUUGUUUUUCAGUCACUGCCGAUUAAAAAAAACAUGUUCAACAAUUUGUUUUAAUUUGUUUUCUACCUUCACUUUAAUUAAUUAUCAAACAAAGAAACUUCUCCAUCUUCAACAUUUAUAUCUUAAUAUAAAUAUCUACAUAUUGUUUCUGAUAUAUUUAUAAACUGUGCUUAAUUUUGUGUAAUAUUAACUUCAAGAGACUCUCAAGUAAAAAAAAAUCUCAACUCUAAAUGAAUACCCUAAAAGUAAUCGUAUUAUUGAUUGAACUCUCAACUGUUUACAGUCUCAGGUGCUAUACCUGUAAUUCAAUUGUUGAUCCUUAUUGUACAACACCAUUCAUUCCGCCUGAUGUUGGACCAGAAAGAGAUAAAUAUUUAAAGGAUUGUGAUCAAAUGAUUAAGACUAUUGUCGAAGCCAAUAACAGCCUUUCAGCGGGUGUCGAUCGAGUCCCUGGUUUAGGUUGGGCUUCAAUAUGUCGUAAAGUUGUUCAAACUGUUGAUGGCGAGCAAAGGAUUCAUCGCUCCUGUGGUUACUAUAAAGCUGCCUCUGAAGUACCUGGAUGUCACAAAAAAUCUGGUUCAUUGGGAAUCUCAAAAGUGGAAUGUUCAUGUCGCGCUGAGCUGUGUAAUGGUUCGGACAACUUACAAAUUAACUACUUGGCCACUUUAAUAUCGACAGUUACCAUGUUAAUAGUUAGCAUAAUCAAUUUAAUGUAGUGACUAGAGAAAAACGAAAUUUCCUUUUGUUCGUACAUUUCUGUCCAUUUCUUAGCAUUUCUUUAAUGGUUUUCCUAACCUUUAAUAUAAAAACAAGCAGAAAUUCGAUUACACUGAAUUAGAUUUAAUGGAAUUGUAUCAAUUAAUUAACUAAAUUUGAACAUUAAAACUGCCGAGACAAAAAA